AGAGGAGGGGAGUGUGGUGAAUCGGUGUUUCGUCGUUUAUGGGGAUGCGUUUGUAUAUAGUGCAUGUAUAUUUCUAUGGAUAUUUGUCAUUUCUUACAUUUGGCGUGCGUAACUGCAAUACAUGGCAAAAGCCCGAAUAAGAUAGGUUUCGAUUUUGUAACAUUCUGUUUAUGCACGGAGCAGGUUGCACAUUUAUAGCCAUAUCAAUAUAGCCAUAUAAUUCGUUGCAAAGAUGCAUGUUUUUACCAAAUAAUCCGACACUGGGCAUUCCCUGACGGGUCCCACCCGGAGGACGUACUGUUAUCUUGACUGAGCGCAUCGAAACUAAUAAUCCAGAGAUGGCACGGCUAUUGUUUCUGAUAAUUCUCUAUGCUCUUCCAUCUCUUGUUGUGCCCAUACAUAAUUCAUCAGCUGGAGGCUGUGCUAUCAUCCGGCCUCCAAGGGAUGGGGGGAUCCGCUACAGAGGCCUGACACAGGAGCAGAUCCGUAGUGUGCAGAUCCUGCCUGUGGAUUAUGAGAUAGAGUACAUCUGCAGAGGAAACCGGGUGAUUGUGGGGCCAAAGGUCAGGAAGUGCUUACCCAACGGCACAUGGACAGACAUGACGCAGCACAGCAGAUGUUUGCUGCUGUGCCCGCGGGUGUGGACGUCCCUGGAGAACGGCCGGGUGGCGGUGAAGCCCCCAGGGCAGCCGGUGGAGGGCACGGUGCUCCAUUACAGCUGCCACGACGGCUUCAUCCUGGAGGGCAGAAACAUCAGUCACUGCACCAAGCUGGGCAAGUGGGACUCGCCCAAGCCCACCUGCCUCUAUGACAGGAACUACACAGGCAAGAAGAAGCUGUACAUCGGAGCUCUGUUCCCCAUGAGUGGAGGCUGGCCCGGCGGUCAGGCGUGUCUGCCCUCCGCUCAGAUGGCUCUGGACCUGGUGAACAACAGGAGCGACAUCCUGCCUGACUAUGAACUGGAGCUCAUCCACUACGACAGCAUGUGUGACCCAGGGGAAGCCACCAAGUUGCUGUAUGACCUUCUCUACACGGAGCCCAUCAAGAUCGUGCUGAUGCCGGGCUGCAGCGGCGUCUCCACCUUGGUGGCAGAGGCGGCCCGCAUGUGGAACCUCAUAGUGCUGUCCUACGGCUCCAGCUCGCCCGCCCUGUCCAACCGCCAGCGCUUCCCGACCUUCUUCCGCACCCAUCCGUCGGCCACCCUGCACAACCCCACCCGGGUGCAGCUGUUCCAGAAGUGGAAGUGGACGCGCAUCGCCACCAUCCAGCAGACCACCGAAGUGUUCACCUCAACUCUGGAUGAUCUGGAGCAGAGGGUGAAGGAGGCAGGCAUCGAGAUCAGCGUUCGUCAGAGUUUCCUCACCGACCCGGCUGUCGCUGUCAAAAACCUCAAGCGCCAGGAUGCGAGGAUCAUCGUGGGGCUCUUUUAUGAGACCGAAGCCAGGAAGGUGUUUUGCGAGGUAUUCAAGGAGAAGCUCUACGGGAAGAAGUAUGUGUGGUUCCUCAUCGGCUGGUACGCAGACAACUGGUUCAAGAUUAAAGACCCGGCCAUCAACUGCACGGUGGAGAACAUGACGGAGGCCGUGGAGGGACACGUCACCACCGAGAUCGUCAUGCUGAACCCCGAGACCGUGCGCGGCGCCUCCAACCUGACGUCCCAGGAGUUUCUGGCUGCCUUGAUGUCUCGUCUGGGCGGGAUGAACCCCGAGGAGACCGGAGGGUUUCAGGAGGCGCCGCUGGCCUACGACGCCGUGUGGGCUCUGGCUCUGGCCCUCAACAAGACGGUGGCCCCGCUGAAAGCCAGGGGCCGACGCCUGGAGGACUUCAACUACAACAACCACGACAUCACCUCUGAGAUCUACAGGGCCCUGAACACCAGCUCCUUCGAGGGAGUGUCGGGCCAUGUGGUGUUUGAUGCCCAGGGCUCCAGGAUGGCAAUGACUCUCAUCGAACAACUGCAAGGAGGCAGUUAUAAGAAGAUUGGCUACUACGACAGCUCUCAGAAAAACCUCUCCUGGUUCGGUAACGAUGUUUGGAUAGGCGCUGGGCCUCCGGCUGAUCGAACAGUGGUGAUUGAGGAGUUCAGGUUCUUGUCUCAGAAGCUUUUCGCAGCCGUCUCGGUCUUCGCCGGCCUCGGCAUCCUGCUGGGCAUCGUCUGUCUCACUUUUAACAUCUACAACAGCAACGUCCGCUACAUCCAGAACUCGCAGCCGUACCUGAACAACAUGACGGCGGUGGGCUGCAUGAUGGCCCUCGCCGCCGUCUUCCCGCUGGGGAUCGACGGCCACCACGUCCACAGGUCGCAGUUUCCUGUCGUCUGCCAGUUUCGCCUGUGGCUGCUCGGCCUGGGCUUCAGCCUCGCCUACGGCAGCAUGUUCACCAAGAUCUGGUGGGUCCACACCCUCUUCACAAAGAAGGACGAGAAGAAGGAGAAGAAGAAGCACUUGGAGCCAUGGAAACUCUACGCAACAGUUGGAGUGCUGCUGGCGGUCGACUUCCUGUCGCUCAUGAUCUGGCAGAUCGUGGAUCCCCUGCACAUCACGGUGGAGAAGUUCACUAAGGAGGCCCCUAAAGGAGAUUUGGACGUCCUGAUUCAGCCCUUGCUGGAACACUGCAGCUCAGAGAAGAUGAACACGUGGCUCGGCGUGGUGUACGGCUACAAGGGUCUGUUGCUGCUGCUGGGAAUAUUUUUGGCCUACGAGACCAAAUCUGUCUCCACAGAGAAAAUCAAUGACCAUCGGGCCGUGGGGAUGGCUAUUUACAAUGUUGCUGUGUUGUGCAUGAUCACGGCUCCAGUGACUAUGAUCCUUUCUUCACAGCAGGACGCCUCCUUUGCCUUUGCCUCUCUAGCAAUCGUCUUCUCAGCCUACAUCACUCUGGUGGUGCUUUUUGUGCCCAAGAUGCGCCGUCUUAUCACCCGCGGUGAAUGGCAGUCAGAGCAGCAGGACACGCUGAAGACCGGCUCCUCCACCAACAACAACGACGAGGAGAAAUCCAGGCAGCUGGAGAGGGAAAACCGGGAGCUGCAGAAGAUCAUCCAGGAGAAAGAAGAGAGGGUAUCGGCGCUUCGCAACCAGCUGGCCGAGCGACAAGCCCUGCGCAACCGCCGGCGACCUUCGACGGGCCAGAAUCAGAACCACAACGCCCCUCCGCCUUCGUCCCAGGCGGAUCCCAAGUCCCUGCUCCCCCCGCCGGGCUACCCCAACCCCACCACGGACAAUCACUCCCUCCCCCCGUCCUUCUCCAAUUCCUCCAACCUCUACCAGGCAGACAGCAAGAUGAGCCGCAACCACUGUCACAACAGCCAGAUCCCCCUGCUGUACAAGUAGGCGAGACCCGGGGGAGACAGUCGCACAGUGCGCACGGGGGCCCACAAACACAACGAGACACUGUGACUUUCACUUGUUUCGGUGACGAGCACAACGGUGUAGUGACAAUUUUUCUUUUUUCCGCUAACGGCGUGGAAGCACAAAUAGUACACAGGAGUGCUUUACACUUGGCAGCUUUUUGCAGAGAGUCACGCAGGUAACACCCGUCCUCACAGUUUUGAUCUCACUGUGUUAAACCCAGCUAAAAGGCACUUGUGACCGGCGAACACGGCGACAAGCACAUCCCAGACUAGCACCACCCACGGCCUUCCUGAAGGUCGAGUGAACGGACAAGAUCUCUCAGUCAUUCCUCUCCCUCCAUUCGUUAUCUUGUUCUGUUGUAGAGACAUCGCUCCCGGGAUCUUAAGAGGAAAACUUUAUGUACGUGUUUGCUAUCUAUCUCCACCUUCUGUCUUUCGAGUUUGUUGACUAGACAAGCACAUAGUGAUUUAUAUUGUUACUCUGUGAUAUCUGAUCUGUUUUCGUCAUGGAGUUGUUGUUAACUAUUUGUUUACUUUCGGAGAGAGUUGUGGAAACUGAAUUGUGGAAAUUUACCAGGGGACAAAGCAAUGUACAGUUCUCUUUCCCCGAUAUUUGUUCUUUGAAGGGCAACAGAGCUCAGAAUUGUGGAAUACUGAUUUCACUAAAAAGUGAUAACGUGCAUUAUUCAAUAGCCAUAAUUAAGAAAGGCCAUAAGUCUUGGCGUGUAUGGAUGUUUGUGAGGACUGUGUAUUCAAGGACAGCAUCACAUCUUUUAAAUCCAGUCCUUUGCGGAUGUAUGAACCUAGGAAUAUGAUACCCAUUUGGUAGGAUAAUAUUAUCAAAACUUAAUGAUGUAUUAAUACUUUUUGAUAGUUUUGCCAUAUGAAAAAAGCAUUUUACAAUGUAUUUUCCAAGAUUGGUGUUUUAUCUAUUUAGUUGUACAGUGGUAGCUCUCAAAUAAAUUUCCCAUCCUGCAAAAAUCCUCCACUAGUGCUGCAACAGCCACUACAGCCUCUUCUCUGUCAAAUUUUAUAGGCAUAUAUAGGCAUAUUAUAAACUAAAACUAAUCUUAAAAAACUCCUACUUGCCAGAACAAAUCUUUGUACCUUCUGAAACCUGAAAAAGAAACACAAUUUCAGUUUUCUGCAGCGGUAGUGCAGCGAGCAUGCAGAAAAAUGUGGGGCUUCUACAACGGCUACAUCUGUAGAUAUUCAGACGAAGCACAGUCUUUUCUCGAGAUUUUAUAUAGGUGCAUCUGCUACGCAUCAAUCUUGUAAGCCUUUUUUAUUUAAUUUUGAAUGAAUGCUAGUUAUGUUUUCCCAUAAAAGACAAUCUGGAUCAACGCAGAUGCUCAUUCUUACACUGAAUUCUUUCAGAUUUUUGUAUUUGUUUCCCGUUUUGCCUUUGGAUAACUAGUUGGGUAACGCAGUUGUAAAUGUAUCAAAGAGGGAUAAAUGUAAAGUAAUCUGAUAUAUUUAUUCAGCAGUUAAUCUGGAUGUACUAUUUCAUUCAUGAGCUAUUUUCAGAUUUUAUAAAAACAACGAUACGCAGCGGCUUCAUCGGCAGGUGAGACAAUACGAUGACAAAUAUAUUUUGAAUAUAUAUUUCAUUGUGCACUUUAAAACUCAAACUAUGGUUCUUCAACUUUAUGUUGCUGUUAUAAUAAUAAUAAUACACUUAGCUCAGGGUAUGAAGAGGGAAGACAUAAUCCAGUCACAGAACAUUAAUGGAUGAAAUAGCUCAUAUUCAUUAACUGUGCAGUACUCGGAUCAGAUAGUGUAACAUAUGAAUGCAGAAAUCAUUUAGGAAAUGUUCUAUAAUCUUGCACAUAUAUGACAGUAUACCUGAAUUUGAGGAUAUUUGUAUUCACUAUAUCUAAGAUCUUAAAUGUUAAUAUAUUUCAGAGUAUGUGUAUGCAAAUAUAUGGAGACUAAUGUCAAAUAAAUCCAUUGUUUUUCACUGGG